AUGGACCUCUCGCUCGCGAGCAAGUGCUUGCUCCUGUUCGGAGCGGCUUCGGCCCUGAUUAUCACCAUCGCGCUGUCGCUUCCACUGCUUCGGAUGAACGGCUUGGUAGGAUCAGGAGAACGGGAACUCGCACGCUCGGUCUACGCGACAUGGAGUUUGAGCGAUCAUCCCCAAUCCGGGAAACCGGUCGAUGUCGUGGGGGCUGUGAUCACCUCCAUGACUCCGGCUCAAGCGGAGAUCCAGAGACGCGAAUCACCGUUCCUUGAUCGUGCGAUGACGCGAUUCGAGCGUUCAACGAACAAAGUGGAAUACUUCGAUGCGGACUGGGACGGCUGGAAUCGUCUUUACAGAUACGCGCAUGUGAUCCGCGACGAGAACGCACAGAUCCUCGGCGUGAUCAUGCUUGAGCACAAAUCCGCUGGCGCGGGCUGGUUGAUGGUCGUCAAUCUGCUCUAUGUCUUCGCGGCUGGAGUCGUCGUCCUCGCCGUAGCGCUCGUCGUCUUCGCGUGGAUUACCGAACGCUUGAUCAUCCGUCCGGUGCUCUCACUCCAGAAGACCGCAGAAAAAGUACGAGACGGUAACCUCGAUACUCGAUCCAAGAUCGCGACUGGUGACGAGUUUGAAGAACUCGCUGAAACCAUCAACCUCAUGCUCGGAGAGCUCCAGCGCCAGCAAGAUCAACUCCGCGGCGCGAACGCCGCGAUGGAUAUCAAGCUCUCCGAACUGGCGCAAGCGAAUGUGGCGCUGUUCGAGUCCGCGAGACUGAAGGGCGAGUUCCUCGCGAGUGUUUCCCAUGAGUUGCGCACCCCGCUCAACGCGAUCAUCGGAUUCGCGGAGCUCUUGCUGGAGAUCGUCCGCAAGGAGAUCGCGAUCGCUGCGGAGGAUGGUGAAGGCUCACCGGGAUUUGAUGCCGAUGAGAUGUCUAAACGCGAGCGGUACCUCGUCAAUAUUGUUUCGGCGGGAAGAACACUCCUGGAGAUGAUCGAGUCUUUGCUUGAGAUGGCGAAGAUCGAAGCGGGACGCGUCGAGCUCAACAUCGCGCCGAUGAAUGUCGCGGACACCUGUCAAGCACUGGUGGGACUUAUCCAUCCUUUGGCGCGUAAGAAGGACAUCCAGGUCAAACUCGAACUCCCGAGCGACAUCCCACUCAUUGAAACAGAUGCGAAGAAGUUCCAGCAGAUCAUUUUCAAUCUGCUCUCCAAUGCUGUGAAGUUCACCGGUGAUACAGAAUCUGGAACUCCCGGCGAGAUUAUUCUCCGAGCUGAGCGUUUGCCGGACGAUGAAUCCGGGACCGAUCGACUUCGUGUUUCGGUGAUCGACAACGGCGAGGGGAUCAGUCCCGAAGACCAGAAACGGAUUUUCGACAAGUUCCAGCAAGUGGGUGAGAUCCAACUGGAAUCGCAGAUCGGAUCGGGAUCCAUGUUCUCGCUCAUCAUCCCUGCCGAGAUCGAUCCGGAACUGCUCGAAGAGACCAAACUCGAAGCGAAGUUCCGUGGAUCACUGAAGCCUUCGAGUAUGAUGCAUACUGAGUUUCACAGCGCUGAUUCGUAA